AUGGACCCUUUAGCACAUCUAGUUCUCUAUGGAUUCAGCCUGAUCAUUUCAGUAAAAUUUUUUCACUUGCUGCUUUUUUCCUUAGGUAAAGUGGAAGCGGCACUGGACCUCAUACUGAUCAAUUCAUUCCCUCUGGUGGGCAACUCUGAGACAUCACUUAUCUGUAUCACUUCCAAAUGGCGUUCCCGUGAGUCUAUCACAAUAGACCGAGACCAGGAGGAUGUGACAAACCAGCAUCGGGAACCACUGGAAGUUAAUGAAGACUCAAAGAGAGCAACAGCCAAAACAGUGGUGUGGAAGAGGGAACAGGCCAGUGAAACUAUUGGAGCAUAUUACUGUGAAGGGAAACUCAAGGAUGAGGUGACAAGGAUACAUACCAUGAAGAUGCCGCUGGGAGCCUCAUUCCACCCGGUGGCAUUAACUGUUACAGCAAAUAAGGGAGAGCACGUGAAUAUUUCCUUCAUCAGAAUGGCAGCAAAAGAGGAAGAUGCAGUGAUCUACAAAAAUGGUUCCUUCAUCCACUCUGUGCCCAGGCAUGAAGUGCCCGGGGAGCUGGAAGUAUCCUAUCCUCAGGUUCAACCACAGGAUGCAGGGGUUUACUCUGCCAGAUAUAUAGGAGGAAACCUCUUUACUUCUGCUUACACAAGGCUUAUUGUAAGACGGUGUGAAGCUCAGAAAUGGGGCCCUUCCUGUAGCUCCCACUGCCCUUCCUGCACAAACAAUGGCAUUUGUCAUGAAGAUACUGGGGAAUGUAUCUGUCCUCCAGGUUUUAUGGGAAAAACAUGUGAAAAAGCUUGUGGAGCCAAUACAUUUGGCAAAACAUGUGAAGAGAGCUGUAAAGAAAAAUAUGGCUGCAGAAACUAUAUGUUCUGUCUACCAGAUCCAUAUGGUUGUUCUUGUGCCACAGGAUGGAUGGGACUGGAAUGUGAUAAAGAAUGCAAACCUGGUUUUUAUGGGUCGGAUUGCAAACUCAAAUGUAAUUGUCACAAUCGAGGGACAUGUGACAGAUUUAAGGGCUGCAUCUGCUCCCUGGGAUGGCAUGGUCUUCAAUGUGAAAAAGAAGGUUCAGAAGAUCUUUCACCUCAGAUAGAAAACUUACUAGAUCCUGUAGAACUCAAUUCUGGCAUUGAGUUCAAGCCUUUUUGUAUAGCAACUGGGAUGCCACUUCCUAAAUCUGAAGAAUUUAAACUUUUGAAGCAAGAUGGAACUGUCCUAAGGCCUGCCCUAAUUGUUACCAGUAAUCGCUCUGAAGCCAUGUUCACAAUCAAUCGUAUCCAGCCCCGUGCAUUUCAAGUUACAGUCAAAGUUCCUCCUGUGCCACAGUAUGCCCCAAGGCUGAGAGACAGUGGACAUAAUUUUCUCAUAAUUGAUAUCAAUGCUGAGUUACAUCUUGGAGAUGGACCUGUUGUGUCAACAAAACUCCUGUACAAGCCAGCAAAACGUUAUCAGUCCUGGAUGUCUGUGGAAGUAAAAGGCAAAACCAAAAGACUGGACAACCUGGAACCAAAAACAGAAUAUCAGUUCUGUGUUCAGCUGAGUCGGCAAGGAGAAGGUGGGGAAGGCCAUCCUGGACCACAGGCUAGCUUCACAACAGCUGCGCUUGGUCUUCCUCCACCAGAAGGUCUCACUCUCUUUCCAAAAAGUAUGACAUCACUGAAUUUGUCAUGGCAUCCUUUAACACUGAGGACAGAGGAUGACAUUCGUGUUGAAGUGGAAAGGAAAAUUAUUACUCAAGUGCCAGGAAAUAUGUCCACCCUGAUCAUUAAAGAUCUUGAGCCUAGACAGCAAUACAUGUGCAGGGUACGAGUGAACACCAGGUCCCAAGGAGAAUGGAGCAACUAUUUGUAUGCAUGGACUUUCAGUGACAGAAUCCCUCCUGCACCAUACAACAUCAGGUUUUCUAACACCACAGACACAUCCUCAGUCAUCUCCUGGACAACUGCUGAGGGUCAUUCCAUCUCCUCCAUCAUCAUCAGCUACAAAAUUUAUGGAAAGGCUGACUACAACCACAUCGAUAUUAUCAUAAAGAACACCAGCAUUACUCAAUACCAUCUCAAGGGCCUUGAGCCAAACACUGUGUACCAGGUUCAGAUUAAUGCUCAGAACAACAUUGGCUUAAGCAACCCAAACACGUCGUUUGAACUGAAGACUCUUCCAGAAACUAAAGCUCCAUAUGAAUCAAAAGGAGGCAAAAUGCUGCUUAUUGCCAUCCUUGGAUCUGCAGGGAUGACCUGUGUAACAAUUCUCCUGGCCUUUCUCAUCAUGCUGCAGUUAAAGCGAGCCAACUUCCAGCGCCGUAUGGCUCAGGCUUUCCAAAAUGUGGUGAGAGAAGAGCCAGCUGUACAGUUUAACUCAGGUACUCUCACCUUGAGCAGGAAAGCCAAAAACAGCCCAGAUCCUACUAUUUAUCCAGUUCUUGAGUGGAAUGACAUAAAAUUUCAAGAUGUGAUUGGGGAAGGUAACUUCGGGCAAGUCCUGAAAGCACGCAUUAAGAAAGAUGGCUUACGGAUGGACGCUGCGAUUAAAAGGAUGAAAGAAUAUGCCUCAAAAGAUGAUCACAGAGACUUUGCUGGAGAACUUGAAGUUCUUUGUAAACUUGGUCAUCAUCCUAACAUCAUAAAUCUUUUGGGAGCAUGUGAACAUCGGGGAUAUCUUUAUCUUGCUAUUGAAUAUGCCCCCCAUGGAAAUUUACUGGACUUCCUUCGGAAAAGCAGAGUGCUAGAGACAGACCCAGCAUUUGCUAUUGCCAACAGUACUGCAUCAACACUUUCCUCCCAACAACUUCUGCAUUUUGCAGCAGAUGUUGCUAGAGGGAUGGACUACUUGAGCCAGAAACAGUUUAUUCAUCGAGAUUUGGCAGCAAGAAACAUCUUGGUUGGAGAAAAUUAUGUUGCGAAAAUAGCUGACUUUGGCUUAUCAAGAGGUCAAGAAGUUUAUGUUAAGAAGACCAUGGGACGGCUUCCAGUGAGAUGGAUGGCAAUUGAAUCUUUGAAUUACAGUGUUUAUACCACAAAUAGUGAUGUAUGGUCAUACGGUGUCCUAUUAUGGGAAAUUGUUAGUUUAGGUGGAACACCAUAUUGUGGAAUGACAUGUGCAGAACUCUAUGAAAAACUGCCUCAAGGGUACAGGCUGGAAAAGCCUCUCAACUGUGAUGAUGAAGUGUAUGACCUAAUGAGACAGUGCUGGAGAGAGAAACCAUAUGAAAGACCAUCAUUUGCUCAGAUACUGGUGUCACUGAAUAGGAUGUUAGAAGAAAGGAAGACCUAUGUGAAUACUACCUUAUACGAGAAGUUUACUUAUGCAGGCAUUGAUUGCUCCGCUGAAGAAGCUGCUUAAGACAGGAGAAAUCUUCAUUCAUGAAUGAUGUAUUGAAGAAACCCAAAAUUCAAUCUGCUGGAGCCCAAAAUGUGAUGUGCUGUGUAGAACUGUGUAUAGCUUUAACUGUAUAUAAUACAGUAAUACUGUUUUACUACAGAUAUGUAUGUGUAUAUCACACAGUA